UCCCCGUCAGCUAAUAUCCUCCGUCGGUUAAUCGUCGUAUUUUAGAGUCCUGGAGCAGAGAAAACGUUUGUUUUUAAACAUUUCCGGGCGAGGGGAUUCUAAUACACAGAAGGAAAACGAGUUAGGAGAAUUUCCAUAUUCAGUUGUUUUUUUCUGGAUUUGUGAGUUUUGCCAAGAGGAUCAGGGUUCUGGCAACAGUCGUUGUUGUUUUUUUCUUCUUCUCACUCGAGGCUUUUGAAGGCGAGCUGGGCUGUGGCGUCAGUGUUUUAGGCGGCCGUGUGUUGUGCUCGGGGCUGGCAUGGCGGCUGGGCAGUGAAGACGACCCGCUGGACGCCUUGGGGACACUUCAGCGACAUGACACGCUCUAAGCUACACGGGGCGGCCUGGCUCCUCCUCCUUGACCUCCUCCUCAGCGCCCCCUUCGGAGUGCGUCUCCAGCAGCAGCCACUCCUGCAGGAUGUUGGCCGGACCGUCGUUCAGGAUGCGGGGGAGGUCGUUGAACUCACCUCCAAUAGCAUUGAAGAUGAUGACGUCACGCAGGGAAAAUCUGGGUCAGAGGUCGCCCAGGAAAGGUCAGGGGCAUCGUUCGGGCCCGUGACCUCGCCCUUCUUCUUCAUGUGCCAGUACCCACGCCAAGGGGAAGCCUCAGGGGUCGAGGGGCAGGAUGACCUCGCCGUCAAGGUCGAAUUCGUGGGGAGCGACAAGCCUGAGCAGGGCUACCAACCACACACGGUCUACGAGGGCUGA